CAUAAGGGCUUGGCAUAGCGAGGAAGAAGCGCGUCUUGUAGUUCGAGCAGUGAACUCUUGCGGGCAUUUCGUCGAAUACCUCGAGAGCGAGCUCCGGGGAUGGGGAAGGGCACCGAUCUCUGGGAUGAUUCCGCGCUCAUCAACGCCUUCGAUAACGCCAUGUCCACCUACAAGACAAUGCACGGUGGAACCUAUCAUGGGGGUUCUACCAGUGAAGAGAAACAUACAAAUGAUAGUAAUCAUGAUAAUCAUGUUCCAACUGAGGAGGUAACAAGAAACUGUGAAUCAGAGGAUGGUAGCAACUGUGGAUCCAAGAAAACAGCAGAGCCAUGUAUGCCCGGUGAUCUCAUUGGAACAGCUUCAGAUGUUGUACCAACUCAAGAAUGCCAUUUGGAUGCAGAUGCAUAUACGUCAGAAUCUUACCAACAUCCAACAGGCUACCCUUCUAUACACGGACAAAACAAUAGCUACUCUGAUCAGCAGAAUGAGGAGUAUAAUAAACUACUUAAAUGGUAUUAUGAACUCGAGGAGCAGAGACAGAAUGUGCUCCAGCAACUUAACCAAGCUAGUUGUUGGAACCACCAAACUCCAGCUCAAACUUCCACGGGUGACAUGUCACAAAUAUCUGCACACAACAUCUCUCAAAAUGGACUUUACCCUCAAUGUUCCCCAUGCUUUUGCCAAUGCCCAGCAUCUUCAAUAAUUCCCAUUUCGUGUGCCACCAAUAACCUGUCUUGUGGAGGCCCUUAUUGCUGUUCACUAUCAAUGCAGUGCUGCUCCAAAUCUCUUCCACAUCAAUUUCCAGUUUAUCCUGCGGCACAUUCAAACAAUGGAGAUGACACUGCUGUUAAAACAGCGAUGAUGGCUGCUGAAAGAGCAAUAUCUUCUAUGACGAUGAACACACCUGCAGCUUUCAAUGUUUCUGAAGACAAAGAGAAGGGAAAGAAAGAUGACACUUCUGAUGCCUUUGAAGGUAAACUGUCGAAAAAUGCAAAUCCAGAGACUGAUCUCACUGUUGUUCUGAAUGCAUGGUACGCUGCCGGAUUCCACACAGGCAGGUACCUCAUGGAGCAGUCCAAGAGAAACACAAGCUAAAUAUUCAGUGUGUUAACACUGCAUCACCUUCAUGUUUCCUGUGAAAUAUUCCUAGUUUCAAACCCAGUAAACAUGUAAUUUAUUAUUUAAUGUAAUACCCUCUCUUUCUUGAACAAAUGUUUUUCUGUAGAAACACUUACAAUGACUCUAUGAUUUAGAGUUUGGAUUUUGUUAUAAUUUAGUAAAAUUUGUAGUUAUGAAUAAAGACAUGGAUAAUUAGGA